GAUUUAUCUCUACUUUGGUUCCUUUGGCCGACGUGGGACCAGGCCGACGAAGGGCCUGGUCGACGGAGGACCAAGUUAUGCUCCUGGGCUUCCAGACUGUAUUCUGAGUUGUUACAUGUUUGAUCGACAGAGGAUCAUCUGGCCGAUGAAGGACAACGUGAGUGCUAGCCGUGUUUGUUUUAGUCUUCUGAGUAUGUGGGUCAUGAGGUCUUGACCCAUAUACUAUAUCACCCUUUCCACCAAAACUGCUAUUUUUAGAAUAUUGGGCCCAAAGUAACACUUGGGCAGCCCGACCUUUCUUAUUAUGUCUAGGGAGGUUAUGAAUCUUCCUUCACAGAAUGUUGGGCUCUUAUAUAUAAUCAGAUAGCCUAAUUAAAUAUUUGGAAGCCCGUCAUUAUAAUACAGGCCCAAACGAUAGUACGACCAAUCAUACAUUACGUAAAGAAUUAAUUGUAUUACAAUUGUUUGAAAAUAAUGUAAUCAAUACAUAAACUUUAAAUUUUAAAUUGAAUUUCAAAAACGGUGGGUGCGGUGUCAUAUAGAUCUUGUUUCUUCAUUAAACUCAGGCAGCCUAGCCUCAUCAUCUGAUGUUGUGUAGUUUUUCACUAUAGACAGGAUCUUCAUUGAACCCCCCCAAGUCAUCUUGAUUUACCUCAGUUGCAUUCAACCGUGUAUCAUAAAGUUGCUGUUCUGCAUUUUCCUCCAAUUCCUCUCUUAAAGUAUUUUGGAAUUAAUAUCCAGCACAUGGAAAUAAAUCAAUGGACAAAUAAUAAAACUUCAAGCUAUAGAUAUUGAUUGACUAGCUCAUUUAUAUUAUAUUCCCUCUAUCUCUCUCAAAUAAAGUUCUUAAUUUGACUUUAAACAUUUUUUAGCCAAUACGAAGACUAAUUUUAUUUGUUGACUUUUUUGCCCCUACUAAACAUGUGUGGUGGAGAAUAUGAGUAAUAAAUAUAUGAAUAAGAAAAAAUUACUAUUAACCCCUCAUGUUAUGGCAGAGUUAUUAAUGCAACCUUGUGUUUUCAAAAAUAAAUUAGUUACCCCCACAUUUUGUAUCAUUCUCAUUAUAUGCCACCUCAUUAAUAUCUAUUAAAUUAAAUUCAAUAUAAAUCUUAAAUUCAAUGAAAGUUGUCUAUAAUAUAAAAUUAAUUUUUAAAGUAUACUACAAUUUAUUAUCAUAAUUAUAAGUCAUCGUUGUUUAUCGUUAUUUUUCUACUUAGCUACUCGAUCGUGGAAUGACUAUUAAUUAGAGUAGUUAAGGAGAAGACUCACGAGUAAUAUUCAUGUGAUACAUCAAAGAUAGGGUACCUCGAGAAGUUCUUUGGUGGGCCUUAACUAGAAAAGGCAUAUCACGUAAGUAUAUCAACAUCAUCAUGGAUAUGUACGAUGCUUGUACUACAAAUGCCCGCACUAGUGUAGGGAGGACCACAGAGUUCCCUAUUACUAUUGGAGUGCACCAAGGAUCUUCUCUGAGUCCUUUCUUAUUUGCUUUAGUCAUGGAUGAACUUACGAAGUCAAUUCAAGAAGAUAUACCGUGGUGCAUGAUGUUUGCCGACGAUAUUGUAUUGAUUGAUGAGACACAAUCCGGUGUUAAAGGAAAGUUGGAAGUAUGGCGACAAACAUUGGAGAGCAAGGGUUUCAAAUUGAGCCAAAGCAAGACUGAGUAUAUGGAGUGCAAGUUCGGUGGAGGUAGAAGCAGUAGCAACAGUGGGAUUACUCUUGAUGGUAACGAGAUACCGAUGUGUGAUAUGUUCCGUUACUUGGGAUCAGGCCCGACUUUAGGGGGAGGUAGCCUAGACAUUUGUCUAGGGUCUCCAAAUUAUAUGGGGCCUCCAUUUCAAGCAAAAAUAGUUCUGCAUACAUUUAAUUGUUUAUUUAAUUGAAAUAAUAAUGAAAAUUAAAACUAAAGUUGAAAACAUAUUAUUUACAAUCAAGCAUGCCUGAUGAUAGAUUUGGGUGGGCUAUUAUACUGAUUGUAAUGAUGUUCUUAUAAAUGUUGCUCUUCAAAAAAUAAGUAGAAUAGACAAUUAGAAUCUCCAUAUUUUUUGGCUUAUUUUCAUUAUUCACAUUCAAAAAAUUGUUUCCUUUACAUCAGUGAGACAUAUAUGAUGCAUCAUGCAUGUUGAAUUGUACUUACUUCUAUUUGUAAACGCUUAUACUUUAAGUGUCAAAAAUUUGUGUAAAAGAUUAUCAUAACAUAUAUUUUUUGCCGGCGUACACUAAUAUUUUUAUCUAGCUACAACACUCCUAUUCAUUUCAUGUUAUAGUUUUUGUAUAUUGUUUUACUAGAGAAAAUAUAUUGAAUUUAAAUCUCAAAAAUAAAUAUUGUUUGACCGUCUGGGGCCUCAAUAUUGUUUCAGACGGCCCUGUUUGGGAUCCAUAAUUCAGAAGGAUGGUGAAUUAGAUGGAGAUGUAUGUCAUAGAAUCAGAGUUGAGUGGAUGAAAUGGAAAAGUGCUUCAGGAUUUCUAUGCGAUCGAAGUAUGUCGACUAAAUUGAAAGGUAAAUUUCGUCGUACAACAAUUAGACCGACAUUAAUGUAUGUUGUAGAGUGUUGGGCGGUGAAGCAAUGCCACAUUCAAAAGAUGAGUGUGACAGAGAUGCGUAUGUUGCGUUGGAUGUGUGGACAUACCUGAAAAGACCGCCUGAGGAAUGGGGUAAUCAGACAAAAGGUGAGAGUAGCACCUAUAGAAGAUAAGAUGCAGGAGUCUCGUUUGCGGUGAUUUGGGCAUGUGCAUAGAAGACCGAGUGAUGCACCUGUUAGACGACUUGAGGGGUGAGGAAAAGAGUCAGAGAAGAGAGGGAGGGGAAGACCCAAACAGACUUGGAUUAGAGUAAUCAGAACUGAUAUGCGUCAUCUUGGGUUGGAUGAGAGUAUGAUUUUGGAGAGAGCAAAGUGGAGGACACACAUCAAUGUGGACGAUUGAUGUCUCGUCUACCUUUCCUCUCUUGUUUCUUUUAUCGUUUACCUUUCUUAUCUUUUUAUAUUCUUAUGUUAUUUUUAUUUUCUAGUUUUUUUAUGUUCUUUUAUUUAUUUUUCUUUUAUCUUGGUUAUAUUCUUGUGUUAUUGUUAUCUUAUAUUUAUGUAUCUUUAUUUUAUUCAUUUUAUCUAACUUUUUUUUCCUUUUCUUGUCCGCCUUCUCUUUUUGGCAUCGAUAUCAUAGAUCGAUUCAUGUUAACCGACCCCAAAUUCUUUUGGAAUUAAGGCUUGGAUGUUGUUGUCGUUGUAUCCGAAAAUGAUAAGUGAGAAGAUUUUUUUGGAACGAAGGGAAUAUAUUUCAAUUUUAUGGCCUCGUGUAGUGCUUUGAAUUAUUUAAAAUAGUAACUUCAUCUCAUUAAUAUUGAGACAUGAAAAAUGAUUAAUAGAGGUGGCUGCCCAAAUGAUUUUGAGAAACCCUUUUUCAAACUUCUGGUUGAGACCUCGCGUAAAAGACGUUUACAAGCGAAUUUUCCAUAGAAGGUAAUGAACUUUUAAAAGUUGAUCAUGCUGUUAGAUUUUUUAUCGGUCGCUAAAAUUAGACUACCUCGCGUAAAAAUAUCCGCAAAUCCUUUCUUCGGUAGCUCUUCAAGUCUAUACCUAAAUCGGCGGUUUUACCUCUUUCAAUUGGAGGCUCUCUUCUCAAUCUAAUUAUCAAAAUUAAGAAUAAUAACAACACGCUAAUGUAUUGUCUACAACCAAUUCCUCAAAAUUAAAAAUCAAUCUCUAACAGCGAUGGAUCUGUCGGAGCAGAGGCCAAGGGGAGAUCUCGAGUGCUGCCGCCGACCAAUAACCGGCGGGAGCCCCUGCGGUCCACCGGCCUGGGCCGGAGACAAACUGUCUAUGGAGUUCCUUCCCGUAGUAUCUUCUUGCUUGAUCUUCUUUACUUGAAUAUGAACCAGAAGAUGAUCCUGAUGAUGGUGGCGGCGGCGGCCGCAGGGGUGAACUUGCUCUUGCUCUGGUUCAUCCAUAUCUUGCUGGUAUCAACAUGGAUCUCAAUGCCUUCGCCAACCUCAAAAAACAAAAGUUCAAGGACCCGGGCCAGAAGGAGCCCCCCAAGCAGAAGCCCCUCGAGGAGUUGAAGAAGGGCAGUGAGCUCUCAGGGGAGGCCGCAAAGCGGAAAGCCGCCUGCAAGGCGCCAAUCCCCGAGGGGAAGAAGCAGAAGAAGGGGGAUGUCAGGAAGAAGGCUCCCCUGGUGGUGGUGGUGGACGAGCACUCCGCCUCCGAGCCCAGUGCUCCAAUGACAACAACUGCUCCUCACCCGCCCUCGGGUCAAGGUGGUGAGGCAAGCUUGCCCCGGGAGGACAUACAGUUCUCCCUGCCGAAGGGGGCAGCCAUUACGCAUGGCAUAGUAGACACCCGGGAAUUUUUGGGCGGGGCUACCCCCGCUCUGGAUAGGAGGGCCCUCGGGAAGCUCGACGAUGAAGCCCUCGAGUCAAAAAUCCUCCGGUCCUCUCUUACUGUCUGCAUAGCCCUCGGCGAGCAUGCCAGGAGGUUCGAUGAGUGGCGCCUUCAGAAAGCGCAGCAGGAUGAGUCCCUCAAGAAGCUCGUUCAUGACAACGCCGAGGCCAUGAGGCAGAUGGCUCAGCUGGAGAGGGACCUCCAGCAGGCGAGGGCGGAAGCUGAAAAGGCGGCCAAGGAGAAGGCGGAGGUGGAGAAAGCUGCUGCCGAGGCUGCAAAGAAGGCCUCCGAAGAUGCCGAGGCCGCCAAAACAGAGGCCGCCGCCGGUGCAGUCGCUGCCUUCAUGACCGAGGGCUGGAAGGCCGAAGGCCAUAAAGACUGGGUGGCCUCGGUCGUGGAGGGAUCCGCCGACGGGUGGGUGAAGGCCCCCGGGGCGAUGUGGCUAGCCCGAAAGGGUGAAGAUUACUAUGCCGGGGGGGGGGGGGGGGGGGAGUUCUUCACCCAGACCUUGAUCUACAGGAGGCUCGCACGGCAUUUGAAAAUCGAGCCAACGGCCUUCGAUCCGGCGGCAUAUGGCCUCCCCCCCUCCAGCCUGAUAUCAGAGCCCCCCUUCCCGAGGGCGUCGAGAGGCCAGAAUUGGAGGAUUCUGAGCUCCUGAAAGAGGCCGAGGGCGAUGAAGCUGAGGUUGGCACGGAGGUUACUUCAAAGCCUUCGGAGGAGACGGCCCCCGGGGAUGUUAAUUUGUAAUUUCUUAAUUCAACAUGUUUUGAACAAUCCCGUUGUAAUGAAUGCUUGUAUGCCCUCGGCCUUCGGCCCUCUGUAAUGUACAUUUGAAUUUCUUUUCUUUGAUGAAUGAGUACAUGCCUUCGGGCUUUUGGUAUAUAAUGUGUUUCCCUUG